GGUUUCGUGGGUGGUCGAGGUUUGUGGGAGAUCGAGGUUCGUGGGUGGUUUGGGUUUCAUAGGUUGGUCGGGAUUUCGGGGUUGGUGGGUUUCGUGGGUUGGUCGGGACUUCGGGGUUGGUUGGUUUCGUGGGUAAGAUCGGCAUUUCGGGGGUGGUUUGGGUUUUGUGGGUGGUCGGGAUUCGCGGGUGGUGGGAGUUUGUGGUGGCCGGGGUUCGUGGGUUGGUCAGGAUUUCGGGGUUGGUGGGUUUCGUGGAUGAGAUCGUCAUUUCGGGGGUGGUUUGGAUUUCAUGGGUGGUCGGGAUUCGUGGUGGUUGGAGUUCGUGGGCGGUGGUAUUUUGUGGGCGGUACUUCGGGGGGGCUGGGGUGGUUGGUGUUAAGGGGGUUUUGUGGGUGGAUGGCGGUGGUCGGGGUAAGGAGAGAGAAAGAAGGUGGUGGGGUUAGGUGGUGAUGUGGUGGUGCUCAUGGAAGGGUGGUGGUGGUUAUGGUGGGUAGCUAAGGUGGGAGAUGAGAGAUUGAAUUUUUUUUUUUUUUUAAAAAAAAAGGUUAAUAUGUUAAACAAGUUGUGGGUUAAAAGGCUCUUCUUGAGAAAAUGGGGGUCAAAGGUGGGAUUAUUUUGAGAAUUCGAAAAGGUGAAAUUAUUAUUAUUUUUUUUUUUAAUUGUGUGAUAAAAGCUAAAAUCAACCCCUCUAUUAAUUAUUGCUAUUUUAUUUAAUGAAACCAAAUACCACUUAGAAGCACAACUCCGUUGACCAAAUACCAAGUGUGGAUUGCAAUUUCACACCUUCUUCUAGUCUUGUACAAAGUUGGUUUGGAAACAGACCCAAUACUCGUUGGCUUACUUGGCUAUUGGCGUAUCGAAAACUAAGCCAAACGUGAAAAUGCGGGAAAAAAUACUCCAUGAAAAUGUCAUAUCUAAGCAAACAUUCACUCUCUUCCUCCUUUUCUCUCUUCUCAUCGUCGCCGCCGAUUCCGCCGCUAACAAUUCUAAGAUCCAAUGUAGCAAAAGAUGUAUUGCUUUGAAUUGUGAUAAUGUUGGAAUAAAGUAUGGAAAAUACUGCGGAGUAGGGUAUAGUGGAUGUCCAGGAGAAAAGCCUUGCGAUGAUGUUGAUGCUUGCUGUCAAAUUCAUGACGAUUGUGUCGACAAGCAUGGUAUGACAAAUAUAAAAUGCCAUGAAAAGUUCAAGAGAUGCAUCAAGAAAGCGCAGAAAUCUGGAAAGGCUGGUUUUUCGAAGGAUUGCCCCUACAAUGUUGUCGUGCACACCAUGGUACAAGGAAUGGAUAUGGCUAUUCUAAUGAGUCAAUUUGCUUCUUCAAAGUUUGAGCUUUAGCCCUAUUUUUGUUUUGACUUAAGAGCAAAUUAAAGCCCUUAAAAUUUAUCUGCUGUAAAAAAACUGAAAAUUUUGUGCUCACAGAUAGUUUCGACCAUUAUGAAAUUAGACACAGUAGACGUGAUUGAUGAAAGGUUAUUCUUUGCCAAGACUUAUCAUUGGUGUAACAAAGCUUAAUUCAGAGUAUAUGUUAAUUAAGGUUACUGAUCCAUUAUGUAAGGUAUUAGUGUAUCAUACAUUGAUGUUUAUGCUAUGUAGUAUGUGCUCUCAAUUUGCUUC